AUGUUUCAACAACUUUUAUGUCAACUAUUUUCUGAUCAAUGUCAAUUAACAUCUUUGAAACUUAAUAUUAAAGAAAUAAUUUAUAGUGUUGAUCAAUGUUUAAAAUCGUAUCCUUCUCUUCCAUCAAAAACAGUUUCAAAUCGAUUACAAUCUUAUUGUACAACUUUACGUCAUUUGCAUAUUCAUUUAAAUGAUGCAAAUUUUUUGGAAGAUAUUAUUGAACGUAUACCUAAUGUUGAACAAUUAUCAGUUGAUCUUAAACGUUUACAACGUUAUCGGAAUUCCGCUGAUUCUGAACUUCAAAGUUUAAUACUUUCAAAUGGAAAUUGGUUUAAUAAAGUAUCAAAAUUGAAAUGUUUUUCAUUGAAAAGUUGUGUUUAUAAUGAUCUCGAGUUUACUUAUUUAAAAUGGCUUCUUAAUAAUAUUAAUCAUGUUACAAAACUUGAUAUUCAUUUAUAUAAUGAUAGUGUUUGGAGAGAAGACCAAACAAUAUGGAAGUCUAUUAUUGAUGCAAAUUUUAUUCGUCAAUAUUGUUUACCUGAUCAAAUUAUUAAUCUUCAAGAUUUACAAUUUUAUAUUUGUAUACGGUACCAAUUAUUAAUAAGUGAUAUUGAAAAAAUAAAAAAUUCUUUUCGAAUUCAUCCUUUCUUUAUUGAUCAUCAAUGGACAAAUGUUGAAUGUUUUUAUCAGAAGAAAGGAUCAUAUCAACAUAUUUUUUCUUCUACUAUGAGAAAAUUACAAUUUUUUGAUGCUUUUAUGUAA